AUGGCGGCCCUCACAGACUUUGCUUUUAUGUACCGCUGGUUCAAAAAUUGCAAUCUGGUUAAAAACCUCUCUGAGAAGUACGUCUUCAUCACUGGCUGUGACUCCGGCUUUGGGAACCUGUUGGCCAGACAACUGGUUGAUAGGGGCAUGAAAGUGCUCGCUGCCUGCCUUACUGAGGAGGGGGCUCAGAAACUCCUGCAGGACACCUCCUACCAGCUGCAGGUCUUCCUCCUGGAUGUCACCAAGUCGGAGAGCAUCAAGGCAGCAGCCCAGUGGGUGAGGGACCAAGUGGGCGAGCAAGGCCUCUGGGCUCUGGUGAACAACGCUGGAGUAGGCCUGCCCAGUGGUCCCAACGAAUGGUUGACCAAGGAAGACUUUGUGAAAGUCAUCAACAUAAACCUGGUGGGGCUGAUUGAUGUCACCCUGAACAUGCUGCCGAUGAUCAAGAAAGCCCGGGGCAGGGUGGUCAACAUGUCCAGCUCCGGUGGCCGUGUGGCUAUCAUUGGUGGCGGUUACUGUGUCUCCAAGUUUGGCGUUGAAGCCUUCUCUGAUAGCAUCAGGCGUGAACUUCAUUUCUUCGGGGUGAAGGUCAGUAUCAUCGAGCCAGGGAACUACAAGACGUCCAUUCUGGGCCAAGAAGCUCUGGAGACGCGCAUGAAGAAGCUGUGGGAUCGGCUACCGCAGGAGACUCGGGAUAGCUACGGAGAGGAGUAUUAUCAAACCUAUACUGAAAGGUUGGUUAACUUGAUGCACACAGCAGAGCCAAGAAUCAGCGAUGUCACCAACAGCAUGGAGCACGCCAUUGUCUCCCGGAGCCCCCGCAUCCGCUACAACCCUGGCCUGGAUGUCAAACUUCUCUAUAUCCCCCUGGCCAAGCUGCCCACCCCUGUGACAGAUUUCAUCCUUAGCAGAUACUUGCCCAGGCCAGCAGACAGCGUUUGA